ACUCGUCUGGCGUGGGCCGGAAGAGGACGUGCGCGAGGCGGCAGGGCCUCGGCCAUGGCUUACAGGCCGAAGAGGACUUUCCGGCAGCGCCGAGCCCACUCUAGUGACAGCGACGGCGCCGAAGAGCCGUCUUCUGAACCCGGGGCGCCGGAGGAGCAGGCGGCCCCGGGCCUUACGGAGGAAGGGCCGCCUUCUGGAGGGGGACGCGUGGAGGUGACGGCCCGGCGUGUUCGGGGCCGGGGCCGGGGCCGGGUGUGGGCAAGUUCCCGGCGCGUCGCGGCAGCGGCUCCGCGCGCUGAAGGCGGCGCGGGCGUCCCAGAAUCCAGAGUGGUUGAUCUUUCAACAGAUGAAGAGGGUGAAGCACCUCAUUCCUCAGAAAGUAAGGAUGAUCAGAGUUCAUCAUCCAACAGCUCUAGCUCUUUGGAAGAAGAAUUUUCAUCAAUAGUAAAUAUCCCUGAUGCAGCUUUUAUUCAGGCAGCCCGCAGAAAACGUGAAUUGGCCAGGGCCCAAGAUGACUAUAUCUCUUUGGAUGUAAAACAUACCUCUGCCAUCCCUGGGAUGAAGAAAAACAGUGAUGAAGAUUCUGAGAGUGAGCCUGACGACCAUGAAAAGAGAAUACCAUUUACCCCAAAGCCUCAAACCCUUAAACAAAGAAUGGCUGAAGAAACAACACCCAGAAAUGAAGAAACAAGUGAAGAAAGUCAGGAAGAUGAAAAUCAAGAUAUUUGGGAACAGCAGCAAAUGAGGAAAGCAGUUAAAAUCACAGAGGGACCAGACCUAGAUCUUUCCUACAGCAGUGAACCUCAAACAGUAAAGAAGUUUGAUACUUUGAUUUCAUUACCACCAGUAAAUUUAGAAAUUAUAAAGAAGCAAUUAAAUACUAGAUUAACAUUGCUACAGGAUACUCACCGCUCACACCUGAGGGAAUAUGAAAAAUAUAUACAAGAUGUCAAGAGCUCAAAGAGUACCAUCCAGAACCUAGAGAAUUCAUCAAAUCAAGCUCUAAAUUUUAAAUUCUAUAAAAGCAUGAAAAUUUAUGUGGAAAAUUUAAUUGACUGUCUUAAUGAAAAGAUUAUCAGCAUCCAAGAAAUAGAAUCAUCCAUGCAUGCACUCCUUUUAAAACAAGCCAUGACCUUAAUGAAACGCAGGCAAGAUGAAUUAAAACAUGAAUCAACGUAUUUACAGCAGUUAUCACGCAGAGCUGAGACAUCAACGAAUGAAAGCUUGGCUGUAGAUGAAAAAACUCAAUGGAUUUUAGAAGAGAUUGAAUCUCGAAGAUCACGAAGAAGACAAGCAAGGACACUUUCUGGGAAUUGUGAUCAUCAGGAAGGGACAUCUAGUGAUGAUGAACUGUCUUCAGCAGACAUGACUGACUUCCAAAAAACCCAAGGUGACAUUUCACAGGAUCAUAAGAAGAUUUUUGAAGAUGUACAUGAUGAUUUUUGUGAUAUCCAGCAUAUUUUGUUGAAAUUUCAACAAUGGCGAGAAAAGUAUCCUGAUUCUUAUUAUGAAGCUUUCAUUAGUUUGUGCAUACCGAAGCUUUUAAAUCCCCUAAUCCGAGUUCAGUUGAUUGAUUGGAAUCCUCUUAAGUUUGAUGCCAUAGGUAUAAAACAGAUGCCAUGGUUCACAUCUAUAGAAGAAUUUAUGGCUAGCAGUAUGGAAGAUUCAAAGAAGGAAGAUAGUGCUGACAAGAAAAUCUUGUCCACUGUCAUCAACAAAACACUUAUUCCUCGACUUACAGACUUUGUAGAAUUCAUUUGGGAUCCCUUGUCGACCUCACAGACAACAAGUUUAAUAACACACUGCAGAGUGAUUCUUGAAGAACUUUCCACUUGUGCAAAUGAAGUUAGUAAAGGCAAACAGGAUUUACUUAAAUCCGUUGUUGUGAGAAUGAAGAAAGCAAUAGAAGAUGAUGUGUUUAUUCCUCUGUAUCCAAAGUGGACUGUAGAAAACAAAACAUCACCACAUUCAAAGUUCCAAGAAAGGCAGUUCUGGUCAGGUGUAAAGCUCUUCCACAACAUUCUUCUUUGGAAUGGACUCCUCCCAGAUGACACCUUGCAAGAACUAGGACUAGGGAAGCUGCUAAAUCGUUACCUUAUUAUAGCUCUUCUUAAUGCCAUACCUGGGCCAGAUGUUGUUAAAAAGUGCGACCAGAUAGCAGCAUAUUUACCAGAAAAAUGGUUCCAAAACUCUGCCAUGAGAACAUCUGUUCCCCAGCUAGAAAACUUCAUCCAGUUUUUGUUGCAGUCUGCACAUAAAUUAUCUAGAAGUGAAUUCAGGGAUGAAGUCAAAGAAAUAAUUCCUAUUCUGGUGAAAAUAAAAGCUUUGAAUCAAGCAGAAUCCUUCAUAGAAGAGUAUCACCUAGACCAUCUGAAAUCAGUAAUUAAAGAAGUUUGAAGAAACUAUAGGAAAGUACUAACAUGAGAUUUUAAUAUAGUGACACUUGCCUCCUUUGCUUGGGGGAGGUGGAGCAGGACUCCAUCCCUCCAUUCCCGUCUUACCUUCUGGUAUCAUGAAGGCUGCCCCCCUGUGGUGGUUGCAGGAAUUAAGCACACGGGAGCACUAAGAGUUUAAUUUACUCCCUUUGAUUCUUCUCACGUUUCCAAUUGAAGAGAGAAAUUGGAGAAAUCUUGCUGUUUGGGCUUUGGUGAAUCUUCUGAACUGCACCAUAAAAAUAUCUGUUAGUUCUUUUCAUUUUAACUAUUUACAAAUAAGUUAAAAUGGAAAUCUUAAUUGGAAUGAAUUAUUUGCUAAGUAUUAACUGGCAAAUUGUCCUUCAGAAAUCUGUACCAGUGACACCCGGGUGGCUCAGUCAGUUAAGUAUCUGCCUUCAGCUCAGGUCAUGAUCCCAGGGUCCUGGGAUCAAGCCCCGCAUUGAGCUCCCCACUCAGCGGGGAGCCUGCUUCUCCCUCUGCGGGCUGCUCCCCCUCUUCAUGCUGACAGAAUCUUUCAAAAAGAAUAAAUCUGCACCAAUAUAUUGUGCCAACACAAGUGUAUCAAAGGCCAGUGAAACCCCCCCAGCAUAGGUAUUACCAUUUUUUUUUAACUCAAUACAAAUUUAGAUGUAAAAAAAAAAUCUUAUUUUAAUUAUUCAUUUUGGCUAUUGGAGAGUAAGUACUUGUUUUUUUGGCUAUUUGUAAUUUUUUUAAAAUAAUCCAUUCAUCUUAGGGAUUUGUCAGAACUUUAUAUUUUAAAGAUAUUGAUGUUUCACCUGUCCUAUGUUAUAGUUUCUUCAUUGCCAUUUUUAUUUUAAUUUUGUGUAUGAUGUUUUUAGUGUGCUAAGGCAGUACUUGUUAGGUACUUAACUACUUUUGUUAGGGUUUUGUCAUUGGGGGUAGGCUUAGACAGGAAACAGGUAUUUUAAAUACUCAGAACAUGUGAUAAAUUUCCUGGUAAAAUUUGUGUAAUUGAAAAGAAGUUGAAAAAAAUUAGUAAACGCUCAUUUUGAGAAAUCUUUUCUUAAAUCUAUUUGUUAAAUAACAAGAGCAACCCUGAAUAUGUAUUUUGUAAAUUAUUGCCUCAAAGAUAAUCAGGAAAAAUUUGAUUUGAACAUGUGGCUUCUGCCAUUAUCAUCUCUAGUUUUCAAGCUGUGUAUAUUUUAACAAGUUGAUGUGUUAUUUCUACUGCAGUGAAGACUUGGGAUUCACUAGUAGGAACAGUUUAAAUUUUCUUUUAUACAUAAUACAUAGGAAUAGAAUCUCUUCUAGAAAAUUCAGACUGUUACUGAGAGACAUUUAGCAUUCCUUCACAGUUGCUGUCCCAGACGUAACUGUUUUCAUUUUAAUGUUAUCCUUUCAGACCUUUUCUCUACUUACAGAAACAUAUGUGUGUGUGUUAACAUAAAUGACAGAUUUAUUGCAUAUGAAAUUUCUAAUUUUUAUUAAAAUGUGUAUUUGGAAAUU